AUGUCUCACGCUUCUCAACUCUCCGAUUCUCAGCUCUCCGGUUUCCAGCUCUCCGAUUCCGAACCAAUCAACAAAGAUACCGGCCAGGUUCAGGGUAUCAAAGCCGGCAACAGCAACAGCAACCCUAGUACCGCGCCACCAAGCGCCGCACAACGACCAGCCGGAAUCCUCAAGCCACCAGGCUGCAGCAACUGUCAAACUCCUUCUCCAUCUACCGUGAAGAAGAAGAAGAAGCACGUGAGAUUCACCGAGAAUCUCCCGGGAGCGGCUGGCCAGAAAAUCGGCUUGGACGGGUCGUUGCAGGGGUGUGUGGAUUGA